AUGUACGUCCGUACUUGGUUUGUGCAUCAUGUCCAUUUGCAGAGCUCCCCCACUUCCAAGAUCUUGGAAUUUCACGAAGACUGGAGGAGAUGGGUGCCGGACUUACUUAGUUCCUGGAGGGAGCACAUCAGACCCCUUGAAGAGGUCGAUUUCUGCGUGGUCACACCUGAUCCCUACAAGGGCUAUUUGACACAAGUUGUGCACGCUGAUCUCAUCAUUUCACAGGGCAGAUGGACACAUCGGCAACCUGGACUGGUCACCACUCACUACCAAGGACGAUUGGCUCCUCCUCACACCUAUGCAAUUGCAGCUUCAUUUGUACACACCAUCAGCGGUUUCCACAUUGCCACAGCAGCAAACGCUAUUGAUUGGUGUCUUUCACCCCAACAUCGCUGCAGUGCGACCUAUGGAUGGGAUGUCAUUCCAAUUUCACAGGAACCAGUGCAUCGCAUGCAAAGGGGCCAUGGCUUUACUCUUGUGGUUCACAAUGAUUUCACUGCGGCCAGCUCCUCAAACGACUUUGAUCAGGGUGGGGGCUCAAAUGCUUUUGCACCCGAACGAUCUGAUGCUGGUGAAGAGUGGAAUGGAAAUGAAGCAUUCGAUUUUGCCCCCAACCAGGGACAGAGCCCCAGAGGCUCUGAUCCACCGCAAGAUCAACAUCCAGAUGACCAUGAAGGUCCACAUGAUGACAGCGAUGCUAGCGUCCACAGUGCUGAUUUGGGUGUCUUAGUCUACAGACUCAAUGCACCAGAGGCACAUUGCUUUGCAACAUGGACCACGUAUGCAUCCAUCCUGGAUGAUCUUAUUCAUGGAUUACGGCUUCCGCGAAACCAAGUCAGAUGCUUUCACAGACUGGCAGUCGCUCCAAUUGGUGUGCGUGUUCCUUCUGAGGAGGCAGUCAUUCUGCAAAGCGUUGACGAUGUGACACCUGGCUCAGAAGAAAAAUUGAUUCUCAUUGACCUGGUCAUUCACUAUCAGCCACUUGCAUCUGGUCUGCUGGUCCCUCCUGCGGCUCAGAGACAAGUUUGGAAAGUCAAUCCUCAGAUCCAUCGAGAUCAAAUUCUUUUGCUUCUUCAGCUCUAUGCAUAUUGCAGAGAUCAAGGAGACAGGUGUCUUAUACACAAAAAUCAUGCUCUAUGGGCCGCAGCAGAUCGCACCGUGCACCAUAUUGCGCAUGGCGACUCUGUCCGGGUUCAAGUGCCACCACCGCAGAGCUCGCAUGUUGACACCGACAUCGCCAUUGCCUUCAGCUGUGAGGAAUCCAGAGAUGGUGUGCACCUCUCCAUGAUGCAGCAAACUGUACGAGUUCUCCAGGAGCAUACUGACUUUGGGCAGAUACAAUGCAAAUCUGAUCCCAGCGAACAGGAUGACUGGAGUUCAAUCGAACCCCGCUUUGAUCGUGGACGUGAGGGCACCAGGACUCCCUACUUCUAUGCCAAUUUCAUUCCAGGACACCUGAGACAACUGACUGGCGCGGUUGACACUGCUGGUCUUAUUGAAAUGGAGGAAGGGGGCCAAGUUGCCUACAUCACCACCUGGUACCUCCACCACGCUGACAGCAAGGUUUGCCGUGUCCCUAGGUCCGUGCGCCUUACAGAUCAACCUGAAUCCUGGCGAGAUCAGAUUGUGGCGGUUUGGCACGAUGUAAUCCGACCUGAUUGGCCUGCCAGACUCCGUCUGGUUCUGCCGCAACCACCAUGCAGCCGCUUUGAGUGCAAUCAGGCUCAUGUGUUUGUCGAACAGGGCCAGCUCGCUGACCACAUUGCCUUCCUGAUCUCCAUUGUUGAUCUGGCUUCAUCAGAUUUGCGGGUUUUGUCCAUUACGCACUCUGCCCAUUCUGACGAGCCGCUGCAGACAGCCAGGAGUAUUGUGCACAAAGCCAACCCUCUACAUUUUGGGCCUCAGAGCAGGGCCAAUGUUUUGUGGAAGGACAGACUCUUUGCGCAGUAUGAACCGGACAUCCUUGAUGAGGGCACGAAUGUCAUUGUGCGCAUCACGGCCAGCGAUGAGGCGGUAGAUGCUGACAGCACUAGCCUUAUGCAGCAGGGUUCUGAUCCAUCGUCCAGCCCUUUCAGAUUCAACCCGCUUGCUCCAGAAUUUCAUCCUUCACAACCAUUGCCCACCUCUCAAAAUUGUGAUGAUGAAUUCAUUGAAGACCUUCGCGACAUUUGGACUGCGUCGGCGUUUUCUUGGGAAGAUGAGGUUUCUACCAUCAACGUUGCGAUUUGGUUCACAGAUCACAGCUGGAUACAACCUCAUGGGUCACACUACAGGAUUGCGCGACUCUGGCCAGACCGUUCUACAUGGAAAGCUACAAUUGAGGCGGCCUGGGCUGACCACAGAGUUCCUGGCGCACCUUUGGAACACCAUGUUGUCGCUCCGCAGCCUAUCCUGGAAGACCAGCGUUUCUGUGCCCACAUCAUUCUUUUGCAAAAUCCGCGUGAAGAUUGGGUCACCUCACUAGUCACUUUCCACGAAGAAAACAACUUGCAUACUCCAUGGAAGCAAAUGGCCGUGACCACGCAUGAGCACAUCCUUCUGGAAAAUCUAUUUCGUGCGAUGGAUCUUUAUGAUGCUUGCAUAUCCAGAACGCCAACCUUCAUCUGCACUGCUUGGUAUUUGCGAGUACACCUGCGCGUUGGGACUCCUCUUCCCGGCAGAAGUGGGUAUGGUAUCCAUGGACGUUUGCAACGACUCACCAAUGUUCAACCUGCGAAUGUUGGCAGUGAUCACACUGCUUUUCUACAAUUGCCAUCCCCUAAGGGAGAGCGCCAAACACGUGGAUCGGUGGCUCACGACCACGGGCCUCCCGGGGAAUUGACUUCAACCUUUGCCAUCACAGUCAUUCACGGCACGGCCGAUGAAGCACUGUUGCCAUCAUACAUUGAGGAACCAACAGCUUCAAGUCUUGAUGACAAACACAAGGCAAAGCCGUCACCGAGUUGGCCGUCAGCCCAGCCGAAAGGCAGUCACGCUCCCUUUUUCACUCAGCCAGAACCUAGGGAAGAGCCGCCUGACUGCCUCCUGAAGCUUGGUAUUUCUCCAGAUGAACUGCAACACUUCUUCAACAGUGCCAAGGGCACCUUGCACACCAGUUUUGAGGGCCUUGGUUUGGAGGCGAAUCUUUAUGAAUUGCUAUCCAGUUUGCCGCUCCUGGAAGAUGUCCUUCCUGAUCGCUAUAUCAUCUAUGUUGAUGGCUCUUCACAAGGACAGCAAAAGCACCGUCCUACGGAUUGGGUUGAAGAAGUUGGCAUCCCAGAUGCCUGGGCGAUGCUUGUUUUGGCAGAAUCCUAUGCCACUGAUUCUGAUGCACCACGCCUCUCUCUGGUUGGUUGGACUGCACAACAAGUGAGAUAUUCUGCACAGAGUCCUUAUCACUUGGGUGCCACGUCAGUCGGAUCACUUACGGCUGAACGUGAAGGCCUUACCUGGGCGUUCCUCUGGCGGCUUGGCCUCAACCAGCGUACGCCCACGCUCAUGAGGAGCGAUUCCCUACUGACCAUCCAGCAGGCACAAGGCCAGAUUGGUACGGCGAUCAUUGAAGCCUCGUUCAACUGCCUCAGAGGUGCUUAUCAAGCCUUAGAUUUUGCUCUUCCUGUUGACCACUUGAAGCUCCAGCAUGUCUUUGGCCACAGUGGGGAACCUUUCAAUGAUUUCACUGACCAUGUGGCCAAACUGGAGGCUCAGAGUAGCUUUUUCAUUCGUCGACCUGCACUUGACAUGGACAAAUGGAGAACACGCAUACCAUUUCUCUGGAUGCUCUUUGGCGAGAAGUAUGGCGGGCCUACAUUUUUUCCCAACGGCUUCGAUGUCAUGGCGCCUGCAUUGCCGAGCACUACGGGUCCGGCGUCCACUGUGGUUGCAGAAGAGCACACAGCCAUCCGCUCUUGCUUGACCAUUCAAGUGAGUUUGUGCACGGCCAAUAUUCUCUCCAUGUAUUGCUCUCCGGAAGGGUUUGCUGGCAAACUUGGAUAUCUGACUGAGCAGUUUCAUGCCCAUGCACUCCUUAUCGGGGGUUUGCAGGAGACGAGAACUCCACAAGGCCAAUGCACAAGUCAGCAAGUACUACGUCUUGCUUCGGGUGCUGACCAUGGACAUGGAGGAGUCGAACUCUGGGUUAGUCUCCGACAACCAUAUUGCUAUGUUGAUGAGACACCUGAGUAUUUGCAAGCCUCCUACUUCCAGGUCCUGCGUGCUACACCCAGAAUCUUGCUGGUACGUGUCAAGGCGCCUUUUUGGAAUGCUUUGCUUCUGGUCGGCCAUGCCCCGCACUCGGGCAAACCACAACAAGAAUGCCAAGAAUGGUGGGACUCCUUGACGGAACUCACCCAACAUUUCCGUGGCACUUUGCCGCUUUUUGUCAUGAUUGACGCCAACGCUGAACCUGGCCCUGCAGACGGAAGUUGUGUCUUUGGAGCAAUGCGUAGAGAGAGCAAAAACACACCUUUGUGGAGAGCUUUCCUUCAUUCCUUCCAACUCACAUUGCCACAAACUUGUUCACAUCACGUUGGGGGCCUUGAUACGUGGGUGAGUCCUGAUGGCUUGACUAGCCAUUGUUUGGACUACAUUGCCAUACCACGUGACCAUUUGGAGCAUUGCACGCGCUCUCAACUCAGCGAAAGCUUUGAUCUGGGAAAUGAGCAGAGAGAUCAUACACCUUUAGCGGUGCAACUGCAAUGGUAUGAACAGGGGAUUUCUGCAGUGGCUUCGAAGGCGUCCACUACAACCUUUGACAGACCCAGCAUUAGUGAAAAAGAUUUGACUGGAUUUUUGAAGGAUUUUACUGGUGCCUCGUGGCAGACUGACGUUGAGUCUCAGAUUCAACAUUUCAAUGGAGCUGUUCUCCAUGAUCUGUCGCAGUUUUGUCCUCCUGUGCGACGAGGCCCCAAGAAGACCUUCAUUUCUGGCGACAUUUGGACCAUCAGGAAGGCCAAGCUGCAACAUCGUCAAGCACUACAUCUCUUGCGCAAACGUCAGACGCUUGAAGCCACCUGGUGUUGCUUCAGAGCAUGGAAAAGACAUGAUGCAGAAUUUUCUGCUGAGGCUGCCUUUAACUACGGCACUACACUUCAGUGUCAUGCCUUGCAUCAUUACGUAGCUUUCCGCCAUCAUGCGCAGAAACUCAAAGCCGCAUUGAGAAUUGCCAAAUGCAAGGGCAUCGUUGAGCGUAUUGACAAGCUGGGCAGUUCGGCACCGGCCUCAGCCAUCUUGCAUACGUUGAAACCUUUCAUUGGCAGCGGCAACGCAAAGAUGCGGGGAAGGCAACCUUUACCCAAUAUCACCACAGAUGAGGGCCUGCCUUGCUCCGAUCCUGCAGUAGCCUUGGACAGAUGGAUUUCCUUUUUUGGCACUAUGGAAGGAGGUGAACGCAUAUCCGUUGAGGAGCAGCGCAGUUUCUGGCUGGCCAAUUUGCAGGAACUCCGGAUGUCGCAUUGCUCUCUGGAUGUUGCUGACCUCCCUUCUUUGACAGACCUUGAAGCUGCUUUCAGACAAGUCAAAACAGGCAAAGCCACUGGCCCGGAUCGCAUUCCAGCAGAGAUCUGCAACAAGCACCCGGCACUCAUGGCAAAGUUCACCUAUCCAUUGCUCCUCAAGAUCAUUUUGCACGGACAGGAACCUUUGAAGCACAAAGGUGGCCGCCUGAUACCCUUGUGGAAGGGCAAGUUGAGCCAAAGCCUCUGUGAAGCUUACAGGUCGAUCUUGAUCUCUUCUCACAUUGGGAAAUGUUUGCAUAGGACCAUCCGGUUGAAGCAGUCCUCCACCUAUGAGGCCUAUUUGCAACACCAACAAAUUGGGGGACAGCGCAAAGCGCCUGUCGUGUUGGGGGUCCACUUGGCCAGAUCAUUUUUGCGUUUCCAACAAUGUGCCCGUCGACCAAGCGCGCUACUGUUUCUCGACCUCACCGAGGCGUUUUAUCGAGUAUUGCGCCCACUGGCCUUAGAGGGCAUUUGUCAUGACGAUGUUUUAGCAGCCAUGGCACAGAGGUUAAACUUGGGGCCACAUUUGCUUGCGGAUUUGCAAGCUCAUUUGCGUGCCCCCUGUGCUACAACCCGAGCCAAUCUGCCAUCACAUCUUUGUCGCGCACUUCGAGCACUGCAUCUUGAUACCCACUGGCACAUCGGGGAUCAGAGCGAUGUGUGCCGAACGACCAUUGGCACGCGCCCAGGAGACGCAUUUGCUGAUGUCGUUUUCGGCUACCUUUGGUCGCGGGUGCUUGCCGACUUCAAAGCAGUUGUGGGAGCAGACGAAGUUUUCGACAGUUUCCCGGAUGACCAGGGGCCGCGCCUUUACAAUGCUCCUGUUGAGACAGGACCUGAUGCCAAGGUCUUUGUGGGGCCAUGCUGGAUGGAUGACUUGUGCGUUGCUCUUAGUGCUGACAAUGGCGAUGCCCUGAUCUCCAAAGUCCAGUUUGUGACGGGAGAACUGCUCGAUCAUUGCCUGGCUCACGCCAUGACACCGAAUCUUGCUGCAGGGAAGACCGAACUCAUGUUCUCUCUCAGAGGCCGCGGUGCUCGGAAACUUCGUGUUCAACUUUUUGGACCUUCCGCACCACGUGUCCUCCCAGUUUUGGGGGAGUAUCAUUUGCACCAAGUGCGAGUUGUACAACAAUACACCCAUCUUGGCGGCAUCCUUCAUCACAGUGGAGACCUUCGAGCUGAAAUCCGCCGACGUUUGGGCAUUGCGCACGCUGCUUUCACGCAACAUAGGAAACUGCUGUUUGCCAACAAGCACUUUCCUUUGGUGCGCAGAGUUGAACUGUUUCAGAGCCUAGUGCUGAGCAAACUCACGUUUGGAACGGAGUCGUGGACUUUCUCUGAUAUCAAGCUCAAGAGUUUUUUGCACGCCACAGUCAUGCGCCUUUAUCGCAGACUUCUCAGCCAAGCGGGCGAUCAGCAUCUCACAGAUGAUUUCAUUCUCUCUAUGACUGGCCUUCCCUCUCCGACAGAGCUUUUCAGGGUUCAAAGGUUGCGCUAUUUGGGCACUUUGUUCGGCUGCAGACAUCUGGUUGAUUGGGGCCUUCUGAAUGCAGACGGUGAAUGGGUCACUUUGAUCGAGGAUGAUUUGCGCUGGCUGGGUUAUCAGCUCCUUGAUGCUACACAUCUGAACCCUCCUGAGACACAUCCACAGGAGUGGCUUGCGGUGGCUCAACACCACCCGCGCUACUGGAAGCGUUUGGUACGCAGAGGGGUCUUACAUGCCAUCAAGCAGAGGAGCCGAGAACAGCAACUCAUCCAAUUUCAUCAAGGGAUACGAGACUUCCUUCACCUUCAUGGCCUUCUUCCUGAGCAGCCCGACAGUUUUCAUGGCUUGUCAGAAGAUCAGCCGCAGGCAACCUAUGGUUGUAUGUUCUGUGGUUGUCGCCACAAAUCCCGGGGGGGCGAGGGGGCGCACCAAAAUCGUGCCCAUGGUUGGAUCAACCCUGUCAGACACCUCUAUGAGAACACCCAAUGCGGCAGCUGUAUGAAGGAAUACCACACAGCUACGAAACUGAAGGCGCAUCUUUUGCACUCCUUUGCGUGUCGCAGCCAGCUCAUCGGAUCAGGAUUACGAUUCACACCUUUGCCAGGUAGUGGGUCCACCGUUGAGGCGGACAAGGAGAAGCUUCAUGAUCGACUCCUUCCACCUCUCCCGGUGCAUGGACCGAAUCAAGAGCCUCGACCCCCGCGAGAUUUUGAUGGGAUUGACUGGAGCUUGCAUGACGAUUGCUGCCUGGCUUUUCUGGACGCUGAGACCGAGGAUGAGGCCAUUUCAUGGGUGCGAUCACGCAUUACACAGCAUCCUAUUUCAUGGACCAUGUGUAGGACCACACUCUGGCAAUUGGCUACCACGGUCACCGAGCACGCUCAUGAAGAUGCUCUUCGACAUUUGGAAGGCAGCGUACUAUCCGAGCGCAUCAAGCACCUCGCCGAUCCGAGAAGCUGGUCUUUCCUUCAAACUGACUUUGAACGGACCCACGAAGAAGGAAGACUUGGUCAACUGGAGACAGAGCUCUUGCGGUGCCAGGUUCCUGCAGAUUGGUCGCCGCCUCGCUGUUUUGGCAAACAUCGGAUUGUGCUACAUGCCUUUUCAGGCCGAAGGCGUUUGGGCGAUUUCCAAUACUAUUUGGAUUCCUUCCUGGCGGACCAUGGAAGCGGCAUUGUGGUUCACACCGUCUCCUUAGACAUAGUUGUUGACUCUGUGAAAGGGGACAUCUCCAAACCGGACAUUCGCAAGUUUUGGCUUCAUGGAAUUGAUGAGGGAUGGAUUGUGGCCUUUUUGGCAGGACCUCGCGUCAUUCGCACUGCCGAAGAUCUUUGGGGCUUGGCGCACCUACGCCUCCGGGAGUUGGAGCAGAUCGACGUGGGCAACCUCCUCCUGUGCUUUUCUGCUGAGGCCUUUUUGCGUUUGGUCAGGGUGGGUGGCUCCGCUACCAUUGAACACCCACGUGAGCCAGAAGAGCCACAUUUUGCCUCCAUAUGGAAGCUGCCACUUUUCCAGAUGCUGCUCUUGCUACCUGGGGUCGAGUUGCACUCCCUCAGCCAAGGAUUUCUUGGGGCGCCUUCAUGUAAACCAACAAGCCUUUUGUGCUUGAAUUUACCUGGCAUCUGCCGGGCCAUUGUGAAGAACCAGGUGACUAGCACCAUGCCCAAAGGCGCUGCGAUUGGCAAGACAGUUACCGGCCAGUGGGCCACAAGCUCCUUGAAGGAGUAUCCGCCGGCACUCAAUCGUGCUUUGGCGGAGGAAUUUUCUCAUGCCAUUUCUGUUGCCCCUCUUGACGAGUCCGUGGCAAUUGAUGACGAUUUCCUCCUGGCCUGUAAAGACAUGACUGUAGCUCGAGCCGCGACGACAGUCACAAAAGGCAUGGCUUCGGAUGAGGAUUUGCGGGUGUCGAAGUUCCUGCAAUCCAUUACCAACAAGAAGCCAUUCAUCAUCUUUUUCUUCCUGCUCACAAUGUACAUUCUCAUCUUUCCGGAUUUGAUCAACAUCUUUACCGACAGCGAUGCCGAUGAGUCGUUGCUCACGGUGAACACAGUGAUCUUUUUCUUGUUUUUGUUCGAGCUCACUCUGAUCCUUUUUGUUGACGGAUGGUACGUGCUUUCGAUUCCCUUCAUCCUCGACGCGGUGUCGCUGGUGAGCAUCUUUUUGGACACAUGGUUCAUGGCCGAGAUAGCAGUGGAUAGCAAAGGCUCUUCACUUUCGCGCUUGGCACGUUCCUCGAGGAUUGCGCGCAUCGCGCGGAUUGGCCGCGUGGCCCGAGUGACGAAGCUGAUUCCGCGCGUGCUGAAGCUUUGUAGGAAGCAGAGCAACGCUUUGGCGGAACAACUGCUGUUAAGGCGGCUCUGGCGCCUCUUCCAAUACCUCGACGCCUCGGGUGCGGGCAAGGUGUCCGUCUUCGAUUUGAAGAUCUUCUAUCUUGCCCUUCUGCAGGAAUGUCCCCAUGUUCGGCCGGACAAAGUGGACGUGGUGAAGUUGCUGAGAAAGGACACGGAGUUGCUAUUGAACUGCGGUCAUGAUGAGAAUGGCAUCAUAAUGGAGAACAAACCCGUGCUCACGGUAGAAGACUUCAGCCAGAUUUUUAUGGGAACUGGUCUGGGUGUUCUGCUGGUGGAGUUCCAUCGGCAAGACUUGGAGUCUGACGGUGGAAGCGUUUGGGCUUUGACGCAGAGAUUGAGCGAUAGUACCGCCAUGAAGGUUUGCGUCGGCAUCCUGGCAUUGGUGGCAACGAUGUCUUUGCUCGAGGUGGACACCAUUGACCAUGCACCGUCGCACGGGUUGGCCCAAUUGGACAAGAUCGCCAGGGAUGUUCAUCAGGCGCGCCACGUCACGGUGCAGGGCAACAGCACGGACUGGUCCUACUUGUGCGUUCAAAUAAAGAUCUACAAGGGGCACAAUGAUCUGAUGUACAUGUACCUGGAUGGAUGGGAGCAUUUUGAUGAGAAUCAAUGCCUCACACCCACCGGAGCUAAUUCAGCACUCAGGGUCUCUGAAGCCUAUGCCCUGCAACGCAGCGACGACUUGGUGGAGGAGGCAAAGCUCAGGGCCACGGAGUAUGAAAAGUCUUGUUGGUACAUCGAUCAGUUCGUGGACUGCGACGAGUUUCUUGCGGGAAGGUAUUCCUCAAACGAGAACAGGACUUUAAGUAUUGCUUUGGUGGACCUCUCCUCCAAGGCCAAGGAAGCAGCUUUCUGGUCUUUGAUGAUGGUCUUGGCUGUCUUGAUUCAGAUUCCUCUCUCCGUUUAUGUGUUGAACUUGAAGAUCUCUACGUUCUCCACGACCUUGCUGCAGCCCCUGCGGUCCCUGGUGGACGACAUGGUGGCCAUGUCCAGCUUAGACUUGGUGAAGAUUGACGAUCACACGGCACCUGGGAUGUUGACCAGUAAGUCCAAGGACAAGAUCAAAACCGCCGAGGAGCUGGAGAAUCUCAACGCCGCCUUCCGAGCCAUGCGUAGCGCCAUCAGAUCUUGGUCACUCUUCGUGCCACCCUCGGUGGUGGAGAGAUUCUACGAUGCAGGGCUUGAGGCCAAAGUGGGCGUUACGAGAUGCGAGGUCACGGUGCUCUUCUGUGACAUUGAUGGCUUUGAGGAAACCUGCCGGGAGAUUGAUGCUGAUGCUGUCCUUAGCAACCUCACAGGGGUUCUGGGCACCAUAGCGGACGAGAUCCAGUUACAGCAGGGCACUUUUCUGGAAUUCAUCAGUGACGAGGUGAUGGCAGUGUUUAACGCGCCCAACAAGCUCCCGGGCCAUGCAUCUGCGGGAUUGCAAUGUGCCAUUGCCAUUCAGAAGGCGGUUCGGAAGCACAAGGUCAGGGUUGGUGACGAGGAGAGGCCCAUCCGCGUGCGUGUCGGAGUCCACACCGCUUCCAUCUUGGCUGGGAACAUUGGCUCACACCAAAGGAUCAAGUACGGCUUGCUGGGUGACGGUGUGAACCUGGCUGCUCGAAUGAAAGGACUCAAUUCCAAGUACGGCACUUGCACUUUGUGCAGCCAGAAUUGCUUGGCAGAAUCAUUGAAGCAGAAUCCCUUGAACUUAGCGACCAGGCCGGUUGACUUGGUGGCCGUCAAGGGAAAGACUGAACCAACCAAGAUCUGCGAAGUGAUGGGCUACCUGUCGGAUGAGGCAAACCUGGCUGAGGCGGUGAGACGCCACCAACGGGGCUUCGACCUCUACUUGGAGAGAAAGUUCAAGCAGGCCAAAGAGAAGUUUGAGGAGGUGGGAUCCUUUCUGGCUGUGGCGGACUAUGCCCUGGAGGAUGAGACGUCGCAGAUGAUGAUCGAUCGCUGCGAGGAGUACAUGAAGAACCCUCCACCCGCCGAAUGGGACGGUGUCGAACAUCUGAAAUCCAAGUCGUUUCAGGUUGGCCAGAGACAAAAAUCGGCCGCCAAGAUGACAGAGAUGGGGGAGGAAGCACAACAAGCGAAGAUGGCGCAGGAGAGGGCCAAUGGUAUGGUGCCAGAGGAAGAAAUCUUCCUCUUAGCCGAUGAAGAGGACACCCACGACGACGACGCGCGAGCCAAGCCGUGUGCGAAUGCCUGCACGUGGAAUGCCAUGCUUUGCCGCAGCAAUCAGGAGGAGGUUGCGCCCGUGCAGGUUCAGGCCGCGUCCGUGCCAACCCUGCUCGACAUCUGA